AUGCUGCAACAUCGCAUGCUCUCAAAAGAUGACGAGGCCACUGCAGGCGGAGAGGACAACGAGGUGCGUCGCGAAGAUCAGGACAAGAUCAAUCGGUUUAGCCGGCUGCAUCAGCGCGAGACUGUCCUCGAAGAGCGAUUGAAAGCGAAGCAAAAAGACAAGGAAGAUAUAGACGAAGUCUCAACAGAAUUGGAACUAGCAGACGAAGAUGAACUCGUACCAUACAAAAUCGGCGACUCGUUUGUGCAUCUCCCGCUCGAGGAAGCACAGUCGUUGCUCACGGCGUCAUCGGAAGAGAUCGAUGCAGAAGUCUCUCGGCUCGAGGACUCGUUGGGUGAAUUGCGAGAGGAGCUAACCCAACUCAAGGGUGCGCUCUAUGCGCGCUUUGGAAAGGCUAUUAAUCUUGAUGUUUAG